AUGCUGAGCCGCUGUGGUCGCCAGGCUUUGCGAUUGAUCCCGCGCACGGGAAGCUCUUCCAGAGCUAUCGCCAUCACUACUCAACUCCGACCGGCUGCUCCCUUGUGUGUCUCCAGCUCAAUUUCUCAGAGCCGGAGUGUGUCAUCCUCCAGUCGUGAUGGACAGCAACAUGAGAAAAAACGUCAAAAGCACUUUAUCAACCUGAUCCCUUCGGAGAACUUCACUUCACAAGCGGUCCUUGAUGCCCUGGGCAGUGUGAUGCAAAACAAGUAUUCAGAGGGUUAUCCCGGUGCCAGAUACUACGGAGGAAAUGAGCACAUCGACGAGUCGGAGAGGUUAUGUCAACAGCGUGCCUUGGAGACCUUCCGGCUCAAUCCCGAAGAAUGGGGCGUGAAUGUUCAACCACUUUCCGGCUCUCCCGCGAACUUGUAUGCCAUCUCCGCCCUUCUCAACACGCAUGACCGCCUGAUGGGCCUGGACUUGCCUCAUGGUGGUCACUUGUCACAUGGUUAUCAGACACCCACCAAGAAGAUUUCAUUCAUCUCGAAAUACUUUGAGACCCUUCCUUACCGCCUUGAUGAGUCGACUGGUCUCAUUGAUUACGACGCCCUCGAGAAGCAGGCGUUGCUCUAUCGUCCAAAGCUCAUUAUUGCCGGUACUUCGGCCUAUAGCCGAUUAAUCGACUACCCUCGGAUGCGCCAGAUCGCAGACGCAGCUGGUGCAUACCUUCUCAGUGACAUGGCCCACAUAUCUGGACUGGUUGCUGCGGAUGUACUUCCCUCGCCUUUCACUCACUCUGAUGUGGUAACAACGACUACUCACAAGUCCCUGCGUGGGCCCCGUGGUGCCAUGAUCUUCUACCGCAAGGGUGUCCGCCGGACGGACAAGAAGGGCAACCCGGAGAUGUACGACUUAGAGAAUCCUAUCAAUGCCUCCGUCUUCCCGGGCCACCAGGGUGGGCCUCAUAACCACACCAUUACUGCUCUAGCAGUUGCACUGAAGCAGGCCCAGUCAACCGAGUUCAAGACUUACCAGGAAACCGUCUUAGCCAACGCUAAGGCAUUGGCUGACCGACUUGGCAGCCCUCUCAGCAAUGGGGGUUUGGGAUACAACAUUGUGUCCGGUGGAACGGAUAACCACCUGGUCCUCGUGGAUCUGAAGAACCGUGGGGUUGAUGGAGCCCGUGUUGAACGUGUUCUAGAGCUCUGCGGCGUUGCUAGCAACAAGAACACCGUUCCGGGAGAUCGGUCGGCUUUGAAGCCCGGUGGUCUCCGCCUGGGUACUCCUGCCAUGACUACCCGUGGCUUCCAGCCCGAGGACUUCCGCCGCGUGGCCGAUAUCGUUGAUCGCGCGGUCAUUAUCACCCAAAAGCUGGACAAGGCUGCCAAGGAGAGCGCUGCGGCUAAGGGCGUUAAGAACCCGAACACUGUCAAGGCCUUCCUGGAAUAUGUUGGUGAGGGUGAGGAGAUUUCAGAGAUUGUGCUCUUGCGGCAGGAAGUUGAGGACUGGGUGGGAACUUUCAGCCUCCCUUGGAAGGACGAGUAA